AUGUACGCCGUGCUGAGAGUCGUCAUCGGUGAUGUGAUUCCGGGCAAAUCCCUUGAAAAUACGGUAUCAAGAAGAUUCGCAUCAACAAAGCAACAGUUGUCCAAACAAAAACAGCAUUAUCGGAAGCGCUCCUCAUCACGAGGGCGCUCUGGUAGCCGUUCUCGCAGUCGUUCUCCAUCUGAUAAAAGAGCAAAACGUGGAGAUGACAGACGUUCUAGAAGUAGGGACAGAGACCGUAGACGUGAGAGAUCGCGGAGUAGGGACAAGAGGAGGUCUCGAUCGCGUGACAGAAAACGGGUGAGGCGCUCAAGAAGUAGAGAGAGGGAAAGGAGCAGAGAGAGAAGACGAUCACGCAGCCGAGAGAGACGACGAUCUAGAAGCCGAAGCAGAGGCAGACGGUCUCGAUCUUCUAGCCCUGGCAAGAACAAGAAAGUAGAAAACAGAUCACGCUCUACAGAAAAGAUAGAAGGUGUGGAAGUUAACAAAGAUAAGAAAAAAGAGAAAGAGGACAAGGAAGAAGAAAAAGAUAAAGAUGUAAAUAAUUUUGAUCAGAACAAACUGGAAGAGGAAAUGAGAAAACGAAAAGAAAGAGUAGAAAAAUGGAGAGAAGAACAGCGCAAGAAAGCUAUGGAAAAUAUAGGAGAAUUGAAGAAAGAAAUUGAAGAGAUGAAGCAGGGGAAGAAAUGGAGCUUAGAAGAUGAUGAUGAUGAUGAUGAAGAAACUGCAGAAGGAGAAAAGGAAGGUAAUGAAAUUGAAGAUGAAGAAUUAGAUCCACUAGAUGCAUAUAUGGAAGAAGUAAAAGAAGAGGUCAAGAAGUUUAAUAUGAGAAGUGUAAAAGGUGGAGCUGGAAGUGAAAAGAAAUCAGGCCCAACAGUUACAAAAGUUGUAACUGUAGUGAAAACCAAAAAAGCCUCCCCAGAGACUGAAAAGAAGAAAGGAGAACUCAUGGUGAAUGAUCAAGAUGCAAUGGAGUAUUCCUCUGAAGAGGAGGAAGUUGAUCUCCAGACUGCGCUGACAGGCUACCAAACGAAACAUAGGAAAUUGCUGGAACCAGUGGAUCAUGGGAAGAUUGAAUAUGAGCCCUACAGGAAAAACUUCUAUGUCGAAGUUCCAGAGCUAGCAAAAAUGACCCAGGAAGAGGUAAAUGCAUACAGACUGGAAAUGGAAGGAAUUACAGUCAAGGGUAAAGGAUGUCCCAAGCCAAUCAAAACCUGGGUACAGUGUGGUAUUUCUAUGAAAAUUCUGAAUUCCCUGAAAAAACAUGGCUAUGAAAGGCCCACCCCUAUCCAAGCCCAAGCUAUACCUGCAAUUAUGAGUGGACGUGAUUUAAUCGGCAUUGCUAAAACAGGAAGUGGAAAGACUAUUGCAUUUCUGCUGCCCAUGUUCAGACACAUCAUGGAUCAGAGAUCAUUAGAAGAAGGAGAAGGUCCAAUUGCUGUCAUUAUGACACCUACUCGAGAACUAGCUUUACAGAUAACAAAGGAGUGUAAGAAAUUCUCAAAGACCCUUGGGGUUAGAGUCGUGUGUGUAUAUGGAGGAACAGGAAUAAGUGAACAGAUUGCUGAACUGAAAAGGGGUGCGGAAAUAAUAGUUUGCACACCUGGCCGUAUGAUUGAUAUGUUAGCAGCUAAUAAUGGUCGGGUAACAAAUCUUCGGAGAGUGACAUACGUUGUCCUUGAUGAAGCAGAUAGAAUGUUUGACAUGGGCUUUGAACCUCAGGUUAUGCGCAUUGUAGACAAUGUGAGACCUGAUCGUCAGACUGUGAUGUUUUCUGCUACUUUCCCUAGAGCCAUGGAGGCUUUAGCUCGCCGUAUUCUAAGCAAACCAAUCGAGGUCCAAGUUGGUGGCAGGAGUGUUGUCUGUUCAGAUGUUGAACAGAGAGUGAUUGUCAUAGAGGAAGAGAACAAAUUUUUGAAAUUGCUUGAGCUACUAGGACAUUAUCAGGAAAAAGGAGCUGUCAUUAUAUUUGUGGAUAAACAAGAACAUGCUGAUGGGUUGCUGAAAGACUUGAUGAGAGCCUCUUACCCCUGUCUUUCGCUUCAUGGAGGUAUUGAUCAAUAUGACAGAGACAGCAUAAUCAAUGAUUUUAAGAGUGGAGUAUGCAAACUGCUUGUGGCUACAUCAGUAGCAGCCCGAGGUCUUGAUGUAAAACAUCUUAUGCUUGUAAUCAACUACAGUUGUCCUAAUCAUUAUGAGGAUUAUGUGCACAGGGCAGGCAGAACUGGGCGUGCAGGCAAUAAAGGUUAUGCAUAUACGUUCAUAACUGAAGAUCAAGCACGGUAUGCUGGUGAUAUAAUUAAAGCUUUGGAGUUGUCAGGUACUACAGUUCCUCCUGAGUUAGAAAAACUUUGGAAUGACUUCAAAGAUCAGCAGAAAGCUGAGGGGAAAACAAUAAAAAAGAGUAGUGGCUUCUCUGGUAAAGGAUUCAAGUUUGAUGAAACAGAAGAAGCUUUGGCUAAUGAGCGGAAGAAGUUACAGAAAGCUGCACUUGGCUUGCAGGAUUCAGAUGAUGAAGAUACAGCAGUUGAUAUUGAUGAGCAGAUUGAAAGCAUGUUCAAUUCAAAGAAAAGAGUGAAGGACAUGGCAUCAUCUGGUGGUACAUCUAAUGUUCCUGCACCAACAGCAGGAAAUGCAGAAAAAUUAGAAAUUGCUAAGAGAUUGGCAUUGAGAAUCAAUGCACAGAAGAAUCUUGGAGCCGAGGCACAAGUAUUGGUCUCUUUUCAGUUUAAGGAUGUGAUGCAGCAAGCUACAAACGCUAUCCUGAGGGGUGGCACAAUUCAAGCUCCAACAGUUUCUGCAAAAACUAUUGCAGAGCAACUAGCUGAGAAGAUCAACGCCAAGCUCAAUUAUGUGCCCAUAGAAAAACAAGAAGAGGAGAAACAGGAGGGGGGACAAAAUGAAUCCUUUAAGAGAUAUGAGGAAGAACUGGAGAUCAAUGAUUUCCCUCAGACUGCUAGAUGGAAAGUAACCUCAAAGGAAGCACUGCACAGAAUAAGUGAAUAUUCUGAAGCUGCCAUUACAAUCAGAGGAACCUAUUUUCCUCCAGGCAAAGAGCCCAAGGAGGGGGAAAGAAAAAUUUACUUGGCUAUUGAGAGCGCCAAUGAAUUGGCUGUUCAGAAAGCAAAGGCAGAAAUCACUAGGCUUAUCAAAGAAGAGCUUAUUCGAUUGCAAAAUUCAUACCAACCAACCAACAAAGGAAGAUACAAAGUUUUAUAAAUAUUUGGAGCAACUCUCUCUACCAGUUUCUCAUUUGUGAAACAUUUUUGUUUACCUUUGUUGUUUACUGCUUAUUUGUACAUUACUUUUUAAAAAUACUGUAAUUUGAUUAAAGAUCAAGAUCAAAAUUCUUUCGGUGGGGGAUUGUUUUCUGCAUAUAGAACCAGAGUUUCAGAUGAGCAUAAUUAAACUUGUUUCACUUGUAUUGUUUCCAUUUUCAACUUACUGAAUAAAGCCAGUUAAUAAUCUUCCUGAAAAGUA